GUUACAGUCAGAUUCCAUAUGAUAGGCCGUCGUAGCACGUGCCGCUCGUUUUGUCCCGAUGCUCAUGAUCAUGUCGAUCAGAUCGUACGAACGAUUUAGACUGUGUGCUGAUGUACAAUAUUCUUGAAAACCGUUCACCCAAAGCACCCAUAAGUAUCUAGCAUGCAUGGUGCUAUCUCUCAUCAUCAUGGAAUAUCUCCAUCCUCUCUAUUCAAAAUUUCCAGGACAAUGAGGAAUUUCCCAAUCGAUCACUCGUCCGUUGAAGACGAGGUUGCAGAUCGUCCCUUGUGUCGCUGUAUUCCUUGCGGAGUGAUUAUGGUUUCGUCGAACGCAAGCUAUGCGCACUUCAACAGUUCAAGCCACAUUGAGAAAGUCUCUUCACUGAACUCGCACGUUGCGGAGUGCAUCUCUCGAUGGCCAACUAGAAGGUCUCGCUUUGCAUACUCUGUAGGCCCUCGUACUCCAGAGGAGGCCAUCCUUGCCGAUAAAAUAAUGCGACCAAUGCUCGUUUGUGGUGAGCAAGAAAAGUUUCGAGACUUUGCUAAAAUAAAUGGUCUCCUGCCGGCCGACCCUAGACAACCACUUUAUACUGCAAUACAGUAAACAAACAGCAGUAAAUAACGUGAGAAAAUCGUUCAGCCGCUAGAUGAAUAACAAGAUCGUACACCCAUUGGUGCUCACAGUGGCUUCAACAAGGGGCGCGAGAGGAU